UAGGAGUGUCUCAAAAAGGCAGCAGGGUUUCUGCUUAUUCCAAGACUGCUGAUGUUGAGACUCCUUUCUAUUUCCAAUCUAUUUCAGCAAUGCCUGUAUACAACAGCAAGUCUCACGAGGAGCUUCGACAUGAAGAUUAUCAGAGAGGAGACAAAGGGAGUCCCAGCCUGCCGAAAAGCAUGGUUCCUUCGGCUAAUCAUCCAUGGCAGCCCCAGCCCCCAGUGCAGCUUUUGGAAGAUCUAAGUGAUGCUCAUGCGAAGCCAUCUGUGGUACCACAAUCCACAACACAAGGUUUCGGUUGUAACACCAACAACCCAUUUUGGUUGCACUCUGCAGGACCCCAGCCACCAGUGUUCUCAUUUCCUCCUUCAAGCUCCGCUCCUGCAGGCCCACCAUUAUUUUCGGUUCCUUUGUCUAAUCAUCCAUGGCAGCCCCAGCCCCCAGUGCAGCCCUUGAAAUAUCCAAGUGAAGCUCAUGUGAAGCCAUCUGUGGGACCACAAUCCACAACACAAGGUUUCGGUUGUAACACCAACAACCCAUUUUGGUUGCGCUCUGCAGGACCCCAGCCACCAGUGUUCUCAUUUCCUCCUUCAAGCUCCGCUCCUGCAACUUCUAGGGAAAACAUAUUCAGUAACACAGCGUCAUAUAGAGCUCCUGAUACAUCGUUUACCCAAGGAGGAAGUUUACUCAGCUCUUCAGUCUCCCAUUCAGCACCAGCUCCGUCACCAAAUGGUCAAUGCACUUCUAUAAAUAUUGAUCAUUCCAAGAAAGCUGUAGAGUUGCUACUACCAAUUGACAUUACUACUGUCAGGAUUAGAUUUUAUCCAAGGAAUGAUGAUACUGGGAGCCUUGCUUCACAGGUUCAUAAUGUUCAAGCUUCACCAACACCUGUUUCUUUCUCUAUCUAUCCUGGAGAGAACCAAGACCUGACUAUCCGAUCAGUGGAGCAGCCUGCGAGUCAAACUGGGAAAACAUCCAGUUCAACAGGACCUGCCGGGGAACAGAAAGGGAAUAUCAGUGAUGUUCCCCUGACUGACAGAUCUCCAUUUGGUGCCCCUGGCUGCGAAGUGAUCAGUGAGAGUGUGCUACCUCGGCUCUACAAGGCCGACUACUACACCUUGCCAUCAAUCGCGGAGCUUGCUGCACGAGAACGUCAGGAGCCAGGUAGUUGCUCACAUGUGAAGGACUUCACAGUCGGCAGACAUGGCUAUGGCAGCGUGAAGUUUGAUGGAGAAACUGAUGUGAGGAUGCUAGACAUCACAUCCAUCGUGGAGUUCAAGGACCGUGAGAUUAAUGCCUACAUGGAUGAGAGCAAGAGACCUCCUGUUGGGCAGGAGCUCAACAAGCCUGCAGAGAUCACUCUUCUGAAUGUGAAAUGUGUCGAUCAGAAGACUGGGUUGCAGUUAAUGGAAGGGCCAGCAGUCGAUGCAUAUAAGGAGGUUCUGGCGCAAUGGACCAAGAGUCACGAUGCUGAAUUCAUAUCGUUUGAUCCCGUGAAGGGGAGUGGAAGUUUAGUGUUAAGAAACUCUAAUCUGUUUCUGUUCUUGUAA